UACUUCAAUUAUACGGCAAAGUUACGUCUUCAAAUGAAGUUUGUGGACUUAUCUGUGGCUUCUAUGCUCUGAAGAAUUCGGAUACUGGAAAAGGAGAAAGCAAAUUCUGCCAGAGUGCAGAUAUAAAGCUGGAUGAGCUCAAGGAAAUGAUUGGAGAAAAGGACUGUCCGAGUCCAGUGGCACCGUUUAAAUUGCUCAUGUCUUGCAAGGAGAUUUAUGAUUUGACCGGGUCAAAAGAGAACAAGGCUUAUGUGGUCGACGUGAACUGCUGCAGGAAGUUGCCUGUUUAUUACAACGUGGAUGGUGCAGGUCUUGGCGACUGUGGAGGCGGAGGUUGGACAUUGGUAAUGAAGAUUAACGGUGCAAAGCAAACGUUUAAAUUCGAUUCACCGUUUUGGUCGAACAAGAAAGAAUACGGCCUCCCUGAAGGGGAGACUGGCUUAGAUUACCGAGGGACUAAGUUACCAACCUACUGGAACACACCCUUCACCAAGAUCUGUCUAGGUAUGAAGGUUGGUGAGGUUACCAAGUUCUUCGUUUUGAACCGAAAGGCAAGCUCGCUGUACGUGCUGAUUGCAGAUGGAAAAUAUCGCAAAACCUCACUGGGUCGGGACGAAUGGAUGAAGUUGAUCACUGGUGCUUCCCUGCAAAACAACUGCCAAAAGGAGGGUUUCAACGUCCCGAGUGUGAACGCCAAUGCUUCCAAGGCACGAAUUGGAAUUCUGGGAAACAAUGAAAAUGAUUGCAAGUCGAGUAAUUCCCGAAUCGGGUUUGGUACCGCUGGAUAUCCAGCCAAUACCAACUCGUGUGGCAACGUGGCCAAAUACGGUGGAGAUAAUGGAGACAAAUGGAUCAAAGCCAUGGGGUACAUCUUUGUUCAAUAAAAACAGUUGAACUCGAAGCAUUAGGGGCUAAGCUACUAGCUGCUGAACGCACUUUUUGGUAAAUAUGGGCUAAAAAGUC